AUGGAUCUCGAGGAUCCCAGCUUUUUCUUACAAGAUGAUCUCUUCCAAUCAAUUGAAAGCGAAUUGAGCGAUCAAAUAUACAGUAAGGAUGAAAAUAUUCUGAUUCCACUUACCGACGCUUCGAGGAACCCAUUGAAGGUCUUGAAGUUGGAAUAUAGUAAUGAUCUUCCUGAAUAUCCAUUAACUGACCCAAAUGGAUAUGGCUAUGUUAUAAACGUGCCCCCUAAUCAGCGGAGGGAAACUGUCGAGGACAUGGUCAACAGCAUUCAAUAUUAUACUUGACAAAAGUAUUGCAAUAGACCUUGCAGCCAGUCCUUAUUUCUUGGAAUAUCUUACCUUAGCUUAUCAUAUUAGUGUUCUGGAGUCAAGAUCUGUAAGCAUGCAAGUAUACAGCUUAAGAAUAUAUAUUAUACUUGCCUUACAGAUAAUUUAUAGACUACUUUACAAGACAUUCAACACAGAAUUAGUGAAAUCAAGAAAGAUGCAACUAAAGAUGCUG